AUGCUGACCCUCAACGAUCUGACGGUGGGCGAUGUGUCGGGCAUGAUCGCCGCUGCUAUUGCUAUCGUACAUAUCGUCUUUCUAUUGGCCGUGCCGCUCAUUAUUCUUUUCCUUUUCAAUAAAAGGAGCUCUACCAGUACCGCUUCUGCAGUAACAUGGUGUGUGUCUGUCGUAGGCCGAUCUCUCCACUCGUCAUGGUGGCCUUUCCUCGUCCACGCGGACUCCGCAGUGAUGAGAGGAGUGCCCUUAUAUAUUGUGAUCAUGACUAGGUUGAAAGCGGCUCUGGUAUUGUUAACUUCUGUCGCCGCCAUCGUCACCCCGCUGGGACUAUACCAAAGCAUCUCUCUAAGCAACAAACCAGCCCCAUCCUCGUUUCACUAUAUUGCAGACCUGGGUGAUUUCGGCCAUGGAACAGUCUCGAGAAGCAAUCUCCCAUUCAGUCGCAUCUGCGGCGCGUUCAGCCCGGUGGCAUGUCCGAAUUCCUUCAGCAAUGUCACCUACAUGACCAAUGCCACCGGAGAGUACUACGACGUCUACAAUUAUGACUCUCAUAUCCCGCAGUAUGUAAUCGAUGUGUUUCAGAGCGGCUUGGCUACAAUGAACCAAUCAGUAUCGAGUGUAUUUGAUAUCCAGGCAAGAUCCUACACCUGGUCCCAGAUUAAUGACUAUCCAACCGCCACCCAGCCGGACAACGGGUCGAGUUACCCCGUCAGCAGCUUCCAGCAGAUCAGGACCAUGGUUACGGAAAAUAGGCUUUUGGUCAUUGAAGGUCUGGUGGUCGAUAUGAUUAAUGGUGGGAUUGGUUUUCGCAAUCAUAGCGCCCCUCCGAUGAGCCCGUAUGGAAGUCGCUGGUCAGAGGACCUUCUCUUCAUCGAGCCGGAGUCCCAGUGUGUUGACCUCAAUGUAACCCUCGACUUUAUGCUUCCUAAAUACUCCAGUCAGGGCACAAGCAUUUACGACCUAGUUUUGACUGAUCGUGGCGGCUUUGUGAAUAUCAAUCGCACUUAUCCGACAUGGGACUUCUACGCUGAUCGUCAGAGUCAGCCAGAUCUUCAGCUUCGAGCCUACCGGGCAGCCUGGCUCAACAAUGCCUAUUCUAUGGCCUUCAUGAACAUCACCAGCAUUCACAACGAUAGCAUUCCCGGCUCGAGACCUUUUGAAUAUUUGAACUCAGAAUUAGGGAAGACAUUUCCGCUAAUGUAUAAUGACUCAACAGGCUCUUCUCUCUUCAUUGGUACUCCAAACCAGCUCACCGCUACCCAGAUUUAUGGGAGCUAUCUUGAUGGGUUGGACCAGGGAGUAAGUGGUUCCAGUACACCUUCGAUAACGAAUUCUUCACAGAAUAUUACCAUUCCAUCAAAACCGCCGCUGUAUCCAAACCCUUUUGGUAUCGACUCUAGUUUUUGGAGUGAUAUUGGACUCACUUGCAACGGUGCGGGAGGUCUUGACACAGCCAACAUCUCCAACAUCGCCACAAUGUGUGGGAUAGUGUAUGGUGCCCCUCGACGCCGGGAUAAUGGCACGCCGCUCUUGUUCGACCCUGGAAGCAACUGGACCAUCCCGGUGUACUCAUGCAUAUCUACCGCGAAAGCCAUAAUCAAAACCGUUUCUUUCCAAUUUAAUGGUAGUGACGAUCUAUCAGGACUGACCGUCACCGACAUUCGAGAUAAAGUCUAUACAGAUAACGCGUCCAAGCCGCUCUGGGGCGUUGAACAGACUAAUCUAAACCUGAGUGAUGUCUCUCCUAUAUGGGGCCUUAUCUCGAGUCCAAACCAAGGCAACGUCAGUCUUUCAACACUGCAAAAGGAAUUCCUCUACCUGCCUGGAUACGACGGUUGGAGCUCUGGCUUUGGAUCUGGCCCUAGUUCUCAAAACUUCCCUGGAAUAAAAUUCUAUUCCGAUGCUAUUGCGGUUGCAUUUAGUGUUGGAAACGCAAACCUUGGUGUGGCUGAUUAUACUGGGCGGGACAACCUUGCUAUGCUCCGACAAUGGCAAGAAUUGUCCAAUUCUUCUUCAUCAACUGCACGUAUCCUCAACCUUAUCUGGACGGAUGCCGCCGCCAAUGCAGUCGUUGGGACCAAAACGCUGCAAAACGCGCAGCAACAGACCCUCCGAAAACGCGACAAUUUUGAUGAUAACAGUCUUAAUGCAUCAGAUAACCUCGUUCCAAAAGUGGCUGUGUACCAACGACGGAUCCAAUACCAUUGGCCCUAUGGUAUUCCCGCUUUCCUGACACUUUUCUUCACUGUUGCCACGGUCGUCACCACUUUGGCCGUAACGCUGCUUGGCUACUCCGGGCCGCGUCAUAUGCGAAAUUUACUUAAUAAGACGUCACAAGGUCGAAUUCUAACCUCGCGGACUUACAAAUCUGAAAGCCAGUCGGGUGGAGGGGGAUCAUUUGGAUCGAGCGAAGUCAUGUUGAGCGGGGUUUCGACGAGGCAGUGGGCUAGAACUGUCGGGAAGACGUCGAUAACUUUGGUCGAAGAUGACUCUCGGGCUGAGGCUAUUGAGUCUUAA